ACCUUUCAUCCAUUCCCCCAAUUUAAAAGGAAAAAAAAAAAAAAAACCCCACCAUGUCUGGAUAUCCUCAUCAAAACCCCUCAGGCUACGGUGCACCCGCACCUAACCCUUACGGUGCACCCGCACAACCCUACGGUGCUCCAGCCCAACCUUACGGUGCACCCGCACAACCCUACGGUGCUCCAGCCCAACCUUACGGUGCACCCGCAGCAAGUCCUUACGGUGCACCCGCACAACCUUACGGUGCACCCGCACCACAGGGAACUAAACCACCAAAAGACCAAAGCAACAAACCUUCAUCAUCUCCUUACGGUGCUCCUCCGCCUUCCGGCCCCGGUGGAUACCCGGCGGCGGCGGGUUACGGAAGUCCGUUUGCGGCGUUGGUGCCGUCGACGUUUCCCCCUGGCACGGAUCCGAACGUGGUGGCGUGUUUUCAGGCGGCGGAUCAUGACGGCAGCGGUGUGAUUGAUGAUAAGGAAUUGCAGAGAGCUUUGUCUAGUUAUAAUCAGACUUUCAGUAUCCGUACUGUUCAUCUUCUCAUGUAUCUCUUCACCAACACAAACACCAGAAAAAUCGGACCCAAGGAAUUCACUCAGGUUUUCUACAGCCUGCAGAACUGGAGGGGUAACUUUGAGAAGUUUGAUAGAGAUCGCAGUGGCAAGAUUGAUUACAAUGAAUUAAGGGAGGCACUUAUGAGCCUGGGCUUUGCAGUUUCGCCUGUCGUUUUGGAUUUGCUGGUUUCUAAGUUCGACAAGUCUGGUGGAAAGAACAAGGCUAUUGAAUAUGACAAUUUCAUCGAGUGCUGCUUGACUGUUAAGGGGUUAACUGAAAAGUUCAAGGAGAAGGACACAGCUUACACAGGGAAUGCUACAUUUUCGUAUGAAGCAUUUAUGUUGACUGUUUUGCCAUUCCUCAUUGCUUAGGGUUUUGUAUUCACAUCUGCACUCUUUACUUGUUUUGUUAAUGUUCAUCGUGUUUCUUUUGUGAUAUAUUGGUUUUUAAUAAGAUCUUUGCAAUUUCUUAA